AUGUUCCAAGACAACAAAGCAUCCCGGGCUUCUCAUCUCGAACAAGAGCUUGCUGAUCUUGAUUUCGAGAAUUUCUCAUCCAUUGACGGAUAUUGUAAUCACAUCAAAUCCCUUGCCGAUCGUCUUGCGGAUGCCGAUGCUCCGAUUCCCGAUACCCGUCUCAUUCUGAAAAUGACAGCAGGUCUUCCGGAAGCCUAUGCCGGUAUGGUAGACUUCAUUCAAAAUCAAGAGCCUUUACCUUCCUUUGAAAGCUGUCGUUCUUGCUUGAAAUUGGCCGAGCGGACCAUUAAAAACCGCUUGGCUAAGGAGGGUGGUCCUUCAAGCCGACCACCGACUGCUCUUGUCUCCUCCACCGGUGGCAACCAGCAACCGGAUUCCAUGGCUCAACCAUAUGCCUCCAGGUCUGUGACAAAGAAUGCAAAGCAAAAUAAAAAAACGAAUUCAAAGAAUUCGAGUAAGCCCCGCAAUUCAGGAGGCUCGGCCCAGCAGCAAUCCGGUAAUGGGCAGCCCUGGCAGUAUUCACAAGGCCCAUACCCAUGGCCUGGUUGGGCCCCUUGGAUGGCUCAGUGGACCAAUCCACCUUGUCCUUACCCAGCUAGGUCGUGGACUCCCAGGCCUGCCUCUUCUCAAACUACCAGCUCUCGGCCAGGUGGGCCAGGUAUUUUGGGUCAACAUCCGCAAGCUUACAGCGCCAUAAAUCCUUCCCCUACAGAUAUCAAGGCGGCUAUUCAUGUGCUCGCUAAUUUAGGUAAACCGGAUAACAAUUAUUAUAUGGACACCGGUGCCACGGCUCAUAUGACGGACAUUGUUGUUGGUAGUGGUGAUUUAAUUCCGAUUAUUGGUCAUGGUAGUACUAAUUUACCUUCUCCAUACCCCCCAUUUACCCUAAACAAUGUUUUGCAUGCUCCCAAAUUAAUAAAGAACCUUAUCUCUGUUCGUAAGUUCACAACUGAUAACCAAGUAUCCAUUGCCUUUGAUCCUUAUGGGUUUUCUGUUCUUGACUUACAGACGGGGGCCACUCUAAUGAGAUGUGACAGUACCGGUGACCUCUAUCCAAUUUUUCCAUCCAAUCAAGCCAACUCUAAAGUCAAUCAUUCAAAUUUCAUUGCUCUUUCCUCGGAUCUUUGGCAUAGGCGCCUAGGCCAUCCUGGAGAUGCCGUCUUCACUCUUUAA